CGCCGAACGCGAGCUGGGUCAGCGGUUCGAGGUGGAUAUCGUCAUGCAGACGGAUCACGAGGCCGCAGCCGCGAGUGACCACAUCGACGACACUGUGAGCUACGUCGGCGUGUACGACCAGGUGCGCUCCGUUGUCGAGGGCCCGCCGAGGGCGCUGAUAGAAACGGUGGCGGUCGAGGUCGCGCGCGAGGUGCUGUCGGGCAACGCACGCGUGGACGAGGUGACGGUGGUCUUGCGCAAGCCGCAGGUUCCUAUCAAUGGUAUCCUUGCCUACGCCAGCGUUGAAGUGAGUCGCGACCGAGAGUGGCUUGAGUCGCUCAGACGAGCCUAACAAGCCAUCGCAUGCAGAUCUAGCGCUGAAUGUCUCGCCGCUCACGGUACGGCGCCAAAAAAGUGCGCCCGUCAACAUAAAGGACUGAGCGGAGCUCCUCU